CAAUCUCCCCUCAACCCAAAAACCGUCCUUUACCGUCGGUCUCCAUCCCAUCCAUUCACGAUGUCUGCAAAGAUCGAGGCCAUCAAGGCUAAGGCCGUCGCCGCCGACCCUACCAAGCCCCAGGGACUUGACCUCUACUCCAGAUUCGCCUUCGCUGGUGCCGUCUGCUGCUCAAUUACCCACGGUGCUCUUACUCCCGUCGAUGUCGUCAAGACCAGGAUCCAGCUCGACCCCGUAACCUACAACCGCGGCCUCAUCGGUGGAUUCAAGCAGGUCAUCUCUAAGGAGGGUGCUGGUGCCGUCUGGACCGGUUUCGGUCCCACCGCCGCCGGAUACUUCCUCCAGGGUGCCUUCAAGUUCGGUGGAUACGAGUUCUUCAAGCAGCAGAGCAUUAACUUGCUCGGCUACGAGACCGCUUCCCAGAACCGCACUGCCGUCUACCUCGCCUCUUCCGCUCUUGGAGAGUUCUUCGCCGACAUUGCCCUCUGCCCUCUCGAGGCCACCCGUAUCCGUCUCGUCUCGGAUCCUACCUUCGCCAAUGGACUCAUCGGCGGUUUCAGCAAGAUCUUGAAGAACGAGGGUAUCGGCGCUUUCUACUCUGGUUUCGGACCCAUCCUGUUCAAGCAGGUUCCUUACACCAUGGCCAAGUUCGUCGUCUUCGAGAAGGUCAACGAGGCCGUCUACAAGACCGUUGACAAGGCUACCACCUCCGACGGCAUGCAGACCGUCAUCAACCUCGGAUCUGGUCUCGUUGCCGGUAUGGCCGCCGCCGUCGUCUCCCAGCCUGCCGACACCAUGCUUUCCAAGAUCAAUAAGACCAAGGGUCUUCCCGGAGAGGGAACCACUUCCCGUUUGAUCAAGAUCGCCAAGGAGCUCGGCCUCCGUGGCUCUUACGCCGGUAUUGGAGCUCGUCUCUUCAUGGUUGGCACACUCACGGCCGGACAAUUUGCUAUCUACGGAGAUAUUAAGAAGGCGCUUGGAGCCACAGGUGGGGUAGAAAUCUCCAAAUAGACGAAGAAUACGAUAAUGAGGAGGUAGCGGGAGUUGGAAAUGAAGUCGUGGAAGUGGGAGAUGAGGUGGUGGGUGUUGGAGAUGAUACCAAGGCAGCCAACAUCCUCCAAAUAAGGGCCGACACUUCAUAUCGGCACGGUACAACAUCAAAAGCUUGGCUAGCCUUUGUGCGUUUUCUUUGCAUAUGGUUCCGGGCAUGGUUUCCUCGUUCUUCUUCCCCUUCGAAAUCUCCCUACAUUUUGCGUGUGCAGAG